CAAACCAGCCCACGCACCAACAGUUGCUAAAUAGUAAAUAUACGCUGUUGUCUUCUUAUACAGCCUAAAUAGCUUGUUAAUAACUACAUUUUGGUUAUAAAAUGUCAUCCGCUAUAUAUUUGGAGAACUAUCUGGAUGGCCUGGAGAGUUUGCCCACCGAGCUGGAGCGAAACUUUAAGCUGAUGCGGAAACUGGACGAUCGCGCCCAAACCGCAAUGAAGAGCAUCGACAGCCAUGCCAAGGAUUUCAUGCGAAAGCUGGGCGAGAACGGGGCCAUGAGCGACGAGGAGCGCAAGGAGCGCCAGGAGGACAUCAAGGCGCUGUUCGGAAAGGCCAAGGAGUACAGCGACGACAAGGUGCAGCUGGCCAUCCAGACAUACGAGCUGGUGGACAAGCAGAUCCGACGCCUGGACAACGACCUGGCCCGUUUUGAAGGCGAGAUCCAGGAGAAGGCUUCCUCCACGCGUGCCAAAUCCGAGGAAGUGGUGGCCAAGAAGGGUCGCAAAAAGACCAAGGACAGCAAGGCGACGGGCAAGAAAAAGAAGUCCGCCUCCUCGGACGAGGACACUGGGCGUGGCAGCAACCAGACCAACGCCAAUUCCAGCCUCAAUUCGAGCAGCAAUGCCGGGCAAGGUACCAAAAAGAAAAAGUCCAAGGUAAAUCAAGAAAAAGAAACUCGCAAGGGGGGCGCACAAAAGAAAACCGUCGAAGUGGAUGACUCCGAAAAGGAAUCGUGCCACACGGCCGCCACGCAUCCCAGCGACGUCAUGGACAUGCCCGUCGACCCCAACGAGCCAACGUAUUGUUUGUGCCACCAGGUGUCCUAUGGCGAGAUGAUUGGCUGCGACAAUCCCGACUGUCCCAUCGAGUGGUUCCACUUCGCCUGCGUUGGCCUCACCACAAAGCCGAAGGGCAAGUGGUUCUGUCCCAAGUGCACGCAGGACCGGAAGAAGAAAUAGAUGCCAUCCUUUAUAAGAACGUAGAAUACAACUAGCUUAAGCACUAAUUUACUAAUUAAAAUAAAGUUCUGGCAUGUAACUGUCAUUAAUUUAUA